CGCGCCCCGCGCCCGAGCCCGCGCCCACCCCGGCGUCUUUGGGCUCCGCAGCGGCGCGCCCGGCCGGGCGCCCCCGCCAGUCCUGCCGGAAGAUGGUCAACGACCGGUGGAAGACCAUGGGCGGCGCUUCCCAACUUGAGGACCGGCCGCGCGACAAGCCGCAGCUCUCUCUUCCUGAGUCUGCGCGGCAGGCACCCACGUGUGGGGCAGGGCGCGCCGUUAUUGCCUCCAUUUUACAGUGGCCCAGCUGCGGCUACGUGCUGUGCACGGUGCUGCUCUCCCUGGCGGUGCUGCUGGCCGUGGCCGUCACCGGCGCUGUGCUCUUCCUGAACCACACCCACGCGCCAGGCACGGCACCCCCGCCCGUCGUCAGCACCGGGCCGGCAGGUGCCAACAGUGCCCUGGUCACCGUGGAGAGGGCCGAUAGCUCGCGUCUCAGCAUCCUCAUCGACCCGCGCUGCCCCGACCUCACCGACGGCUUCACCCGCCUGGAGGGCGCCCAGGCGACCGUGCUGCAGGCGCUGGCCGAGCACCGGGCGGAGCCAAAGCUGGCCGGCGAGCAGGAGCGGGAGCUGCUGGACACCCUGGCGGACCAGCUGCCCCGGCUGCUGGCCCGGGCCUCGGAGCUGCAGGCGGAGUGCACCGGGCUGCGGAAGGGCCUCGGCACCCUGGGCCAGGGGCUCAGCGCCCUGCAGAGCGAGCAGGGCCGCCUCAUCCAGCUUCUCUCCGAGAGUCAAGGCCACAUGGCUCACCUGGUGAACUCGGUCAGCGAUGUCCUAGAUGGCCUGCAGAGGGACCCAGGGGUGGGCCGGCCCCGCAUCAAAGCUGACCUCCAGAAGCCACCUGCCAGGGGAUUGCGGCCCCGCGGCUGCCCCAACGGGUCUCCACCCCGCGACUGUCUGGACGUGCUCCUGAGCGGGCAGCAGGAGGAUGGCAUUUACUCGGUCUUCCCGACACACUACCCAGCCGGCUUCCAGGUCUACUGUGACAUGCGCACCGACGGCGGCGGCUGGACGGUGUUCCAGCGCCGGGAGGACGGCUCCGUGAACUUCUUCCGAGGCUGGGAAGCGUACCGGGACGGCUUCGGCAAGCUCACGGGGGAGCACUGGCUAGGGCUCAGGAGGAUCCACGCCCUGACCACGCAGGCCACGUACGAGCUCCACGUGGACCUGGAGGACUUCGACAACGGCACAGCCUAUGCCCGCUAUGGGAGCUUUGCUGUGGGCUUGUUCUCCGUGGACCCCGAGGAAGACGGGUACCCACUCACCGUGGCCGACUACUCGGGCACGGCAGGGGACUCCCUCCUGAAACACGGCGGCAUGAGGUUCACCACCAAGGACCGUGACAGCGACCACUCGGAGAACAACUGCGCCGCCUUCUACCGCGGCGCCUGGUGGUACCGCAACUGCCACACGUCCAACCUCAACGGGCAGUACCUGCGCGGCGCACACGCCUCCUACGCCGACGGCAUCGAGUGGUCCUCCUGGACGGGCUGGCAGUACUCGCUCAAGUUCUCGGAGAUGAAGAUCCGGCCGGUCCGUGAGGACCGCUAGAUGGGCGUGGCGCCCGCCCUCCACCCGCGCCACCCCUGCCCACUCGCCCCUCAUCCCCCGCCCAACCCUACCCUGCGCCACUCCCAACCCCUCACCCCUCCCCAUCCCCGGCCCGACCCUACCCUACCUCUCCUCUGACCUGCUGUCACAUUGGAGGGGCUGCACCUUACCUCUGCCCUGUCCCCGCCCCCCAGCUGACCUCUGCUGACCUGGGGCAGGGCCCACUUAACAGCCCCUAAUCUUGCCUGCCCAGACUUUGGCUCCUGGGGUAAGAGUCUUGAUUUCCCUCGGCCAGCAGUCCUCCGGGCACUCCGGCCGGCCCCUCUACUUGGUUGGUCCAAACCCCUGGUGCUUGGGGGGCACAGAGAAGGGGCAGGUGGCACCCCUGCAGCCCUUUUAGUGGACAGAGGGACUGUUUGGAUCUUUCUGAGUCAGGUCCGAGGCCGGCCUUCUCUGCCCUCCCGGCCCUCCAGGCUUCCCUCCUUCAGUUCCAUGGUGCCUGGGGUUCCCACCUCUCCCCAAGGCCCGUGGGGAGUGGUGGCGGUGAGGGCUGCCCGGGGUGUGGGGCUGGCAGCCGUAGCCCACCAUUCCAGGCCAGGCUGGGGCACAGCUGUCUGUGGGGACUCCUAGCCCGAGGGGGCCAGGGCCAGUUCCCCGGAGCUCCCCCCAGCCUUCUACCCGCAGGCCUGGGAGGUCCUCAGUCCCUUGGGCUGCUGUGUCCAGCCUCCUGCCCUCCUGGGCAGCCGGAGCCCCACCCCGCCCUGUCCUCUUGCCUGUGGGACGCUGGGGCAGGUCCUGCUCCCUCCCGGCCUGGCCCGUCAGGACCUAUUUCCUGGGCUGCCGUGGGGCUUGAAUCACCCCCCCCACACACACACUCCCCAAUUCCCAGGGACUCCAGGGUCUUAGGGUUUCCUGGCGUCAGGCCUGCAAGGUGGAGGCUGGACCAGGAGGGGUCUGGGAGCGCUUUCCGGGUCCGCCCGGAGACUGCUGUCUCAGUGGGGAGGCCGCCCCCUACUGGUGACUCUGGGUGCUGCCACCUCAGGUCGGGGGAAGGGAGGGACUCACUGGGCAAACAGGGGGACUGAGGCACCGCCAGACACUGGACACACGCUUCCAUCGAAUCUUCCCAAUGUCCUGUCAUCCCCCGCAACAUUGCACCUACCCAACUGCGGGUCCUGAGGUCAGCAGCCAAAAAGAGCAGCCCUAACCCCCCUCCUGGGUAGUGCCGGGCCCCUGAUGCCCUCGCCAUCAGAACCAAGCACAGGGCUGUUCUUCCAAGCUCCCACCUGGGGGGAUUUGAUGGGCCGCUUCGAGGUUCUGGGAUGGGGUGGGCCGCACCAGGGACCCCCUCAGGCAGGAGGGCGGGCUGUUUCCUUGUAGGACGCCUGGAGUCAGGUGAACACGGGCAAAUAGAGAAGCGUGGGGCUCCUUUCUCCCCCUCCCACCAGAGUUUGUGCUGCAGGAAUCACGAGUCAGAGUCAGCCAGGGGCAGCAGGAGGGGUCGGAGUGUGGCUGACCCGCUGUGCCAGCCGGCCCGUCCCCUGGAGCUCCGCCUGGUCAUGGCAUUCAGCCAAGAUUCGCUGGACAUCUGCUGUGGGCCAAGGCCUGCCCAGGUGCCGGACGGCACCGAGUCCCUGCCCUGUAGGCGCCGUACUUGAAACAGACGCGGCCAAGAGACAGGCGGCGCAGCCCAGUGUGACCCGUGCUGGGGGAGGAGCCCAGCUGCAGGGGUGGCCGGGGCAGUGUGGGGGGCUCCAUAUGACAUGAAGGGAAGGGCCCCUGCGAUCCCCCUUCUCCGUCCUCUAGAAGGGGAGCCAGCCCACCCAAGCUGCUGGGGGCCCCCAGCCAUAGUGCAGAGGCCGGGUGGGACCCCAAUUCCUCAUCCCAGGGAGCCCCCUUCUCCCCCAUCAGCCCCAGGCUAGAGCCCGCUUCCGCUGCCAGCCUCACGGUGCCAGCCACUGUUUGGAAAGUGUCAGGCGUUUUCUGAUCUGUCAUCAAACAAACUCCUGGUGAGCGUGAUGUAAAUGGAUUCACAGAUGUGCGUGUGCGCCAGGAAGCUCGGAGCGCUCCUGCCAGGGCUUGGCUGCACAACAGAUGUGCCGGGGCUUGGGCCGGCCGGGCGGGAGGGAGGCCGAGGGUGGCUUCCAGGAGCAUCGGCCGACAUGCAGACACCUGUUCCUUCCUACCCGAAAGCCCCAGCCCCACGCCCAGCCCAGCAGUGGCACCGUCAUGGGACCUGGGCCAGAUCCAGUGCUGGCUGCUUGGGCAUAGAGCCCUCUGGUGGGGACAGCCAAGGCCGGCACACCCCACUUCCUAAAGGGCACAGAUAGCCCCGCGCACAUGUUCCCUCGGGGCUUGGUGAGCAAGGCAGGCUCUGGGCUCCAGGAGCCCCCGCUGUGAUGUCCCCGGGAAUGGCUGCCUCGUGAGCAGCAGCGACCACAGGAAGAGGGGCUGUGAGGACAGCAAGUAGCAUAAGACAGCUCCACCAAGGCCUGACGGACGACGAAUGUGUGCGAGGGGCCCGAGCUGAUGGCUUGGCAGUGGGGGCCUGUGGCCCCACUAUCCCAUGUGAACUGACUGAAGUCCCUGUCCCUUUCUUUUGUCCUCUGAUGAGGAGAGCGAGCCAAGCAGAAGAGGGGGUCUUUACACAGGACCCCGGGGCAGUGCAUGUGGCCCCACGAAGCUUCUGAAGGUUCCUUUCCGCCAGCACAGGCAGGUCCUGCGGAACCGGCCAGUGACCGCACUCGCUCUGCGGCCCCCACACUUCGGACACGAAGCUCGCUGGGUCUGGAGGACGGAUGGCUCCUGGGCCUCCACCCUGAUGGCCUCAGCACCAGCCGCCAGGAGACCAGGACGGCGCUAAGAGCAGCUCCCAGACUGCAUCCCCCCCACCCGCCCUGCAGCCACAUGUGAAAUUGGUUUCAUAAAUAUUUGUCUUGGGGCAGAAGUCAUGUCGCAGGCCUGUCUCUUCCUUGUCCCCCUGCGCCCACCGUUGGCCACCCUCGUUCACACCGGCCUCUCACCGGCCUGGCUGGGCCCUGAGCCCUGUCACCCAGGAGUCGGAGGAUACUUCAACAGGGACUGCCAGGUGACACCGGGAGGGCAGGGAGGCUGUGUCUGCAGGCAUGGGGGUGCCGGGGGGCCUGAGCUAGGCCUGUGGUCAGUCACGCAUCUCUGUCCUGUGCAGGUGGCGAGACAUGCUCGACCUCAGCCAAAGGACAUGAGGCUUUGGUCCCAGGGGCCGUGCCUCCUCAGGGCCGGUGUCUCCACCUGCUUGCAGGGAGAGAGCUGUUCCCAAGCCCCCAGGGGCCAAGCGGCUGACGGGACCAUGGCUGGGGCUGGCCGUGGUGGGACCGUGUGGAGACAGAGCCAGUGGGGACCGGCCUCUGGCUGUGUAGACGGGCAGGCCUGACAGUCCACACAAAGCUGGCUGGGGGGGCGGGGGCUCAGAGUGGCUUUGGGGCCAGCAUGGUUCGGGACAGAAGCUGGUCUGGGCGAUGUCCUGUGUGUUCCUGUCCCUAAUAAAAUCUCGUGGUG